GGUGUCAAAGUAAAUAUUAAAAAUAAAUUUAUUCAACGCAUUAUUGUAUUGAAACAAGAACAGAAAUGACUGAAAUUGAAGGAAUAAUAAGAUUCAAAGAUAAUCCAUUCAAAUCUUAUUAUGCUGGUGCAACAAUAUUUGGCGAAUUCGAUCUUAACUUGGAUGGACCUAUUAAUAUUCAUGGAAUAAAAGUAAUAAUUAGUGGAAAAGCCAAUGUUUUCUUAUGUGAUACAGGUGAAGAAGAUCGUUCAAAAUUUGAACAGAUUGAAUGUAUUAGAUAUAUUGCAAAACAAGAUUAUUUUGAAAAUACAACUUACAUAUAUGGAGAACCGGAUGGUAAUCAUCACUUAAAUAAAGGAUAUCAUUCAUAUGAAUUUACUUAUAACUUACCGAUGGAAUUACCAUCAUCAAUGGAGGGACAUUUUGGUAGAAUACGUUAUUAUGUAAAAGUAGUUAUUGAAUUUGGUAUUCCAAAUAAAUCACCUGAAGCUUUUACAUCUUACUUCACAGUACACAGAUUAACAGAUCUCAAUUAUGAACCACCUAUGAUUAGGCUUCCAACAAUUAAUGAAGUUCAAAAACAAUUUUCAUGUUGUCCUUGUUGGAAUAAACCAGUUAUAAUAUUAGCCCGUAUUCCACAAUCUGGUUAUGUAUGUGGACAAAAAAUUCCCAUAUCAAUAAAUAUAACAAAUAGAAGUGGUAAAUCAAUUCAUAAAUUUAUAAUUUCAUUACAUUUAAUAAUAAAAUAUAGAGCAGAAUUUCCUAGUUGUAAAGAAAAAUUUGAAGAAUUUAUUGUUAAAAAUGAACAAACAAAAUUAUUUACGAAUUCAAUACAAGAAUCAUUAAAUGUUGAUUUAAAAGUUCCAUCAGUACCACCAACAUGUAAUGAACAGAUAUGUCGUAUUAUUAGAAUAUCAUAUGAAUUAAGAAUUCAAGUAUUUAUACAAGGUUGUAUUGCUAAUAUGAAUAUAUCUAUGCCAAUUACAAUUGGAAAUAUACCAUUAAGAAAUUUAAAACAAAAUUCAAUAUAUAUAUUGAAUAGUACGUAUGAGGCACCAAAAACUCCAGAAAUAUUUGCAAAAGAUAUAAACAUACAUCCACCGACAUACGAAGAAGCAUGUUAUAUAAAAUCAAAGAAAUUACCCGAAUAUCCAGUUUAUAAUUUCAAUCCGCCGACACCGCGUCUUCAUUCUUUAUUAAAUCACUAUUAAAAAUUUAAAAUUAUUUACUUUGGAUGACAUAGAAAAUUGGGAUAAUCAAACUAAUUUGUGUAUAACGAAAUUUAUUGUUAUCAUUUUAAAAAAGAUGGAGCAGAUUUUAGUUGAAUUUUUAAAUGCCUAAUGUUGUAAAGAACAUCUGUGGAGAUUCAACAGUUAGAAAGUUAACAAUAUGUACUUAAAAUAACCUUUUGAAUUGCAUUUGAAAUUUUUAAAUUUUUUUGUCAACAUACAUAAUUAGCAUAAGGUAUAACAGAUAUAAUUGUAAUAUUAAAAUUUUCAAAUAAAGUUUG